GUUCGUGUUCGACGAUCUGAACGAUUACAUCAAUCGACUGAAUUACAGCGCAUUCGUUAAUCUGACGGCCUAUUACGACGGCGGGGCCAACCUGAACCUGAACGGAACCGUGAACUGCACCUCGUCCAUCGCGUCUUCCGGUGUGGUGAGUGCGGGUGAGUGCGGGCCGGCGGCGGACGUUGACGAAAAGACGGACGCCAACAGUUGGUGGGCCCUGAUCCUCGUCAUCGUCCCCUGUUUGACCUUGUUCGGCAACGUGUUGGUUAUACUGGCCGUGGUUCGAGAGAGGGCCUUGCAAACGGUCACCAAUUACUUCAUCGUGAGCCUGGCCGUCGCCGAUCUGCUCGUCGCCGUGCUCGUAAUGCCGUUCGCCGUCUACGUGUUGGUAAACGGGUCGUGGAGCUUGCCCGGCUUUGUCUGUGACUUUUACAUCGCAAUGGACGUCACGUGCAGCACCAGUUCCAUCUUCAAUCUCGUAGCAAUCUCUAUAGACAGAUACAUAGCAGUGACCCAGCCGAUAAAAUACGCCAAGCACAAGAACAAUAGAAGAGUGUGGUUGACGAUACUGUUGGUCUGGGCGAUAUCUGCCGCGAUCGGCAGCCCGAUUGUUCUCGGCUUGAAUAACACCCCCGACCGGACACCGGACCAAUGCCUCUUCUACAAUACAGACUUUAUCAUAUACUCGAGCCUAUCCAGCUUCUACAUACCUUGCAUCAUCAUGGUGUUUCUCUACUACAACAUAUUCAAGGCGCUGCGAAACAGAGCGAGGAAAGCGAGGGCCAAUAGGAAGCCUAAUUUGGGCGACAUUAAGCCGGGCAGCAUAAUAGAGAACAUAGCGCACACUCGCAGUGGGUAUUCUGUGGCAAGGUUUGCGGAGACGGCGCUGGGGGCGGCGGCUCUCGUGGCUCCCGGCAUGGAAGAGCCGACCAACACCGCUUCCGGUAGCAACGAGGACGAGGACGAGACACCCCUUGAUCCUGUUGUGGUCAUCUCGAACGAUAAGAGCACCGAGUUCUUUCUGGCCACUGUCGUCGAGGAAGCAGCUUGUCGUUUCAGCGCAGUGGCUCAAGCACAACUGGGUGGAGAACGGCAGAACGGAAGAAAGGAUCCUGGAUACGACGGUGCGGCGAGCACCGCGGUGAUACACGAACCGGUGGUGGAGACGAACUCGAGCCCGAGCCCGAACCCGCGGAUCGCUUCGGCCCCGUCGUCCUCGACUUCGUCCUCGCCGCCUGCCAAGGGCGCGGCCGCGACCGGCCAAGCCUCGCAGACGAAGAGGAACGGCGGCGAAACGAACAAGCAGGAAUUGAAGAGGCUGAAGAGCGCCGUCUCCCUUCUCCCUCUUCCGCUCGCGCGCACGCCGAGCGUGAUGUCCGCCUCGUCCACCUGCAAGAAGGACAAGAAAAAUGCCGGCUCCGGAUCGCGUUUCACCAUAUACAAGGCGAACAAGGCGAGCAAGAAGAAACGGGAGAAAAGCUCGGCGAAGAAGGAGCGCAAGGCCACGAAAACGUUGGCCAUUGUUCUCGGUGUAUUUCUGAUCUGUUGGCUGCCGUUCUUCACGUGCAACAUCAUGGACGCGAUUUGCACGAAGCUGACUGCCGACUGUCAACCAGGCGUCACCGCAUUCAUAGUGACCUCUUGGCUAGGGUACAUGAACAGCUUCGUAAAUCCCGUGAUUUACACUGUGUUCAAUCCGGAAUUUCGCAAAGCCUUUCAUAAACUUGUCAGCUUCUAGGCGUAUCUCGAUUUCGUUUUAUCAAGUCACGUUUUAUCUUGAGUGAUAUGGAGGAACAACAACGAGACAAUUGGACAAUCGAACAGCUCAACAUUUGUUCCGGCUGAAGGUAUAUAUGUAUAUAUAUAUAUAUAUAUCUUUUCGUAGUCGUGCCCUUCGAUUCUUUUUGGACAAUAUGAGCCCGAGUUCGUUUUCUCCUGAUUGUAAUAAAAAAAAAAAAAAAAAUAGCGAAAUUAAAACAAAAAAAAAAGAUUAAAACGCGAUGAAUCGAUCGUGUGCGAAAUUGAGCCAGAACCGAAUCGAAGCUUUUUAUGAAGGAUAGAAUUACAUCGUCGUGCACUUUUUACUUGUCCUUUUGUCGAAAGAUCAUCGUUAAUAUUCCUCUCACCAGCACUUUAUCAUCGUCCACCAUCCUCGCCGCGAGAUCAUUUCGUUCGAUAUCGAUACCGGAGGCGAUGUGCAUCGAUGUUAGAGCUGAAUUACCAAAUAAAUAUUUAAGCUAACGAUAAGCAUAGAUAUAUCGGAGGUUUAAAAAAAAAAAAAAAAAGAAGGAACGAAGUCACGGUGUUUUAAAGCGCGAUGUGUUGUUGACUGCGUCGAGAAAUUUGCGUUUCCCUGCCAUUUCGAGCGACUCUGGCUUCGUAUAAAUAACAUAAAUAAAGAACACGAGAGUUUAAAGAAUAAAAGGAGCGAUAAACAUCAGGUUAAAGCGUAAAAUCGAUGGAAGGCGUGUUUGAUGAGCAAAUGAUGUAUAUAUAUAUUAUUACGUAUAUAUAUAUAUAUACCUUGUUGGAUAUUAAAUUAUACCGUGGCAGUAUUAUCGUAGCUCGUAAGGUAUAGAGAAAUUUCUUUUGGCUGAAAAAGCGGAGGAACGGAAGCACCAGUUCUACGGCAUACUGUUACGCGUCUCUGUACACCUGCGCGUCGCGCAGUCUAAUCCCACGCCUUUGUACUAUGUACGAUUUAUCCGGUUGAAGCGCCGGAUCUACCCCGUAAUCGUUUCGUGAUUCGAGAUUCGUCGUUCCGUCGUUUUUCGCCCUUCUGAAACGAGAUCGGAGGAGCAAGUUUCCGAACGAAACGAAAGUCUCGAGUGCAAUUUUACCCGAAUUUUAUAAAUCCGUCGAGGCAACGGUUGCGCAUUACGAUAUCGUCGGGAACGUGUUUUUCGAAUUCUAGAAAAUUGAUUCGCGCGAACGGGGAAAGGAAUCGAGUCUGUCGAACGUGUCCAUGAUCGAAUCCACGAUGCCAUUUCCUUCGAGGCUUCCCUCGCCGUUCUAGCGGUGCGGAACCCUCCCCCCUCGUCGUAUUCUGACCUAAAUCCCUUAAGAAAUCAUUUAUUAUCU